AUGCGUCUCCCAGUAGCGUCAGCCGCACCGUUGCUCGCGAUGGCUUCCGCGGCCAACUUGACGAGCUACUCGUAUGGCUCGAACGUUCUCCAGUCUUACGAGGUCUACAUCCCGCCGUCCUCGGAUGCGACCACGGCUUGCGACAAGCACUGGAUUGUCUGGAUCCACGGCGGCUUCUACCGCGACUUCACCAACAACGCCACAUCCUCAAUCGAACCCGUCAUCGCAUCACUUGAGGCCAACAACUCCGAUGUUGUUGCAAACCAGAUUGCUGGCAUCGCCUCAUUGAACUACCGUCUCUCCGCUCUCCCAGGCGUCCAGCCCAACAACACCCCGCCAAAUGAGCUGCAGAAUGCCAGGUGGCCCGACCACUUGAACGAUGCCAUUGCAGCGAUCAAGGACCUUGGCAAGCGCUACCCUAUUGAUGGAAAGUACAUCAUCAGCGGUCAUUCCGUCGGCGCGCAGAUUUCGUUCUUCUCGAUUUUGGAAACCUUGAAGGAUCCUUCCAUCCCUAAGCCUGCUGCUGUUUUGGGCGUUAGCGGAAUCUACGACUACCCGCUCCUUCACAUUAGCAAUCCCGAGUACGACACCUUGGUUCUCAACGCCAUGAGGGAGGACCAGCUAGUCGAGGCAAGCCCAGCCAAGGUCGAUGCUGAGGAGUAUGCCUUGAUCGAUCUCAAGGCAUUUGUUGUGGCUCACAGCAGGAAUGAUGGGCUUGUUCCGUGGGAUCAGGUGGAGGCCAUUGAGGCGACGGUGGGUAGCGUGCCUGAGCUGAAGAAUAAGACGACGAUUGUAGAGCUGGACGGCCAACACAAUGAGAUUUGGAAGGGAGGUGUGCAGUUGGCGAAGGCUUUCACAGACACAUUAGCGCUACUCAAGUAG